AUGGAUCAUCAUAAAGCUAUUCUAAAUGCUCCUUAUACAACAGAUGAAGUUAAGAAGGCUCUUUUCUCUAUUCUAGGUAUUAAAGCUCCUGGUCCAGAUGGCAUUGGUCCCUAUUUUUAUAAAGAUGCUUGGCAUAUUGUUGGGGAUGAAGUCAUUGCAGCUAUCCUUGAUAUGUUGCAGCAAGGCAAAAUCUUGAAAGAGGUGAAUCACACUGUGAUUACUCUCAUUCCUAAGACUAAAUGUCCAAAAGAUGUGAGUGAGUUCAAGCCAAUCUCUUGCUGCAAUACCAUUUAUAAGUGCAUAACAAAAGUCUUGUUUGGGAGAUUAAGACAAGUUCUUCCUGAUCUUAUUUUGGAGAAUCAAGGAGGAUUUGUUCAUGGAAGGUACAUAGUGCAUAAUAUUAUGGUUGUUCAAGAUUUAGUCAGGCAUUAUGGGAGGAAAGGAGUUAAGCCUAGUUGCCUUAUGAAGACUGAUCUUCAAAAAGCCUAUGAUACUGUUGAUUGA